AUGAGCCGCCAGUUCACCUGCAAGCCGGGAGCUAUCACCAAGGGAGGCUUCAGUGGCUGUUCUGCAGUGCUUUCUGGGGGCAGCUCAUCCUCCUACCAGGCAGGGGUCAAAGGGCUCAGUGGAGGCUUCAGCAGCCGGAGUCUCUAUAGUCUUGGAGGUGCCCGGAGUAUUCCAUUCAAUGUGGCCAGUGGUCCUGGUCGAGCAGUAGGCUAUGGGUUUGGCCGGGGUCGGGCCAGUGGCUUUGCUGGCAGCAUGUUUGGCAAUGUGACCCUAGGUCCCUCAUCUCCAUCUAUGUACCUGCCCGGGGGCAUCCAUCAGGUCACUGUCAACAAAAGCCUCUUGGCCCCCCUCAAUGUGGAGCUGGACCCUGAGAUCCAGAAGGUGCGUGCCCAGGAGCGGGAGCAGAUCAAGGCUCUGAACAACAAGUUUGCGUCCUUCAUUGACAAGGUGCGCUUCCUGGAGCAGCAGAACCAGGUGCUGCAAACCAAGUGGGAGCUGCUGCAGCAGCUGGACCUGAACAACUGCAGGAAGAAACUGGAGCCCAUUUAUGAGGGCCACAUCAGCGGCCUGCGGAAGCAGCUGGAGACACUGUCAGGGGACAGGGUGAGGCUGGACUCAGAGCUGAGGAACAUGAGAGACAUGGUGGAGGACUACAAGAAGAGGUACGAAGAGGAAAUAAACAAGCGCACAACUGCAGAGAAUGAAUUUGUGGUGCUUAAGAAGGACGUGGAUGCAGCAUACAUGAGCAAAGUGGAACUACAGGCCAAGGUGGAUUCCCUGGAAGGAGAAAUCAAGUUUUUCAAGUGCCUGUAUGAGGGGGAGAUUGCUCAGAUGCAGUCCCACAUCAGUGACACCUCUGUCAUCCUGUCCAUGGACAACAACCGGAACCUGGACCUGGACAGCAUCAUCACUGAGGUCCGUGCCCAGUACGAGGAGAUCGCCCUGAAGAGCAAGGCUGAGGCUGAGGCACUCUACCAGACCAAGUUCCAGGAGCUACAGCUGGCUGCUGGCCGGCACGGGGAUGACCUCAAACACACCCAGGGUGAGAUCUCAGAGUUGACCCGGCUUGUCCAGAGGCUGCGCUCGGAGAUUGAGAGCGUGAAGAAGCAGUGCUCCAAUCUGGAAACGGCCAUUGCCGAUGCAGAACAGCGGGGCGACUGUGCCCUCAAAGAUGCCCGGGCCAAGCUGGAUGAGUUGGAGGGCGCCCUGCACCAGGCCAAGGAGGAGCUGGCCCGGAUGCUGUGCGAGUAUCAGGAGCUCAUGAGCGUGAAGCUGGCGCUGGACGUGGAGAUUGCCACCUACCGCAAGCUGCUGGAGGGCGAGGAGUGCAGGAUGUCCGGAGAAUACACAAACUCUGUGAGCAUUUCGGUCAUCAGCAGCUCUACGGCUGGGACAGCAGGUGCAGUGGCUGGCUUUGGGUUUGGUGGCACUGGCACUUACGGCUUCAGGCCCAGCUCUGUCAGUGGGGCUUACGGCAUGCUGUCUGGAGGCUGUGUCACAGGCAGUGGGAACUGUAGUCCCCGUGGGGAGGCCAAGACCAGGCUGGGCAGUGCAAGUGAAUUCAAGGAUGUCCAGGGGAAGACCUCUGCUCUGAGCUCACCCACCAAAAAAACCAUGAGAUAAAGUGACAGCUGGCUCCUCAGCAUUGGCCUCACCCUUGUUUCUCUGGACUCCUGAAAUUCUUCCCUUCUCUUUGUCACUAUCUCCUUCUUGUUUUUUGCCACUGCCACCUCCUUCUUCUCUUCUACCUCUCUGCCUUCGUCUUUUUAAAAAUCAGAAUCAGGACUCUAGGGCUGGAGUCUUCUCACCCAUCUUUCUGUCUCCUCCAUACAAAGAGACCUCUUAACUCAGCCACUCUUCCUGAUGAGGACCUAACCUCUACUUUGCCUGCAUGUCCUCUAGUAGAGGAAGGGUCCUUCUUACAUAUGGCCCCAAGUCUC